AAAAGUUUUUGUUUAAUAGAGGGUCCGAGAGGUUAUUUUAGUUUUAAUAUAUGCUAAAGAUUCAGAAAUUCUAGACGGGUUGCAGUCUGACAGUUGACAUAGAGGUUUGUCAAGAAAGUAAACAAGUAAUUGUGCCGAAAAGAACCAUGUGGAAAAGAAGUAAAUUUGGUUUAAAAACUUAAUAUUAUACCUAUAUAUUUUAAAGUUAUAUUAUUAUUAUUGAAACAUAUAUCAGAGUUUAUCUUAUACAACCAUUACUACACCAACACCUAAUAAUAUGUCUCGACAACUUGGUAGAGUAGUUUCGCAAAUUUUGAAUAGGUAUUUUGGAGAAAUCGUCGAAAAAGUGGGAAACGAUCUGUUCAUGUAUGGUUGUAAACCCAUGGGUAUGAUAAUAAAGAGUACAGGCCUACCUCGGACACAGGUCAUCGAGAGUUUGAGAACUCUCCUUAAAUUUGAUCUAGCUACAUUUGAAGCUAAAGAUGUUAUUGUUGAUUACAAAUUACAGCCAGAAAAUAUAUUACUGCUCAUACGAUAUCCAAGGUAUCUUUUGCAAAUGAAAACUAAGUAUGGCAGUGAGGCUGAAAUGUUGGUUGAGGAAUUGUUACAACAGGCAUCUUGUACUGCAACGGUACUAAUAGUCAGCGUCAUGAACAAAUACAAAGACGAUAAGGAAAAGAAUUUAAAUAUAGUGAAAUUAAAAGACACAUUCAUUAGUCUGGCGACUGCAGGAUAUAUUCAGCAAGCUCCGGUGGCAGAAAUUAACAAUGAAAUACCUGUUUUAGUACCCGUGGCCACCAUAGUACCAGAUUUAGAUGUUAGAGAAUUAAUUAAUGCUAUGAACAGCAAUCUCAACAAUGUUAGUGACAAUAUUUACUGGAAAGUAAACUAUGAUAGAUUCCACCUUGAUUUCCGAGAUGAAGUUAUGAUAAAGGCAGUGACACGUCGCAUUGAUGAUAAUGCCGGUGAAUUGUUAAAGUUGAUGUUAGAGCAGAUGUAUUUGUCGUCAUCAUCGUGGGCAUCUGACUCGUCACCGGUCCCACUAACUGAUCUAAAGGAUGGAUGUCAGAGGAUCGGAGAGAAUAUGAAAAACCAUGUGGAACAAUAUUUAAGAGUUAUCGAGGAAAGUACAGGAUUCAUUCGUCGUACGGGUGACGCCGGGGGCGGGCAAUAUAGUGUGAGGAUCCAACACGCUCUGAUACAACUCGUGGAAGCUGUGUGUGAUCAUACGGUCACUGAGAGACUCGGGGGAAAAGCAGCCAGAAUAUUUAGAUUGAUAAGAUCCAAAAAGUACUUAGAAGAGGACGAUAUACAGAAGAAUGCGAUGCUACCCAACAAGGAGUGUAAGGAAUUGACUUACAAAUUGUUGGAGGAACAUUUUAUUAGUGUUCAGCCGAUGAGAAAAACAGCUUCAGCGGGCGGUAUGGCCAAAGCGAUAUAUUUAUACCACGUCAAGUUACAUGAUGUAGCACACGUCGUCCGUGACAUGUGCUAUCGGUCGCUCCACAACGUGAUGUCGGUGUCGCGUCACAGGCGCGUGUUAAACGCGCGUCUCUUGGAAAAAAAACGCCGCGUCCGGACGAUCGUGCACGGCAUGAGGCUUAGAGGGGAACCCCAGCAGAAUAUUGACGAUGUGCUGGAUACCCUGACUCCGCCGGAAGUGACGUCAGCGGCGGAAGCGGAGCGUCGCCUUAGUACGCUCGCAGCAUCCGAGCUCCACCUGGACCGCGCCCUGUUCAUACUCACCAGCUACUUCACGUACCAGAGAUGAUCCAACAACGUGUACUUCAUUAUAAUAAAGACCUUUAUAUGUUAAUAUUAAUCCUUAUGUUUUAUUCGGAAAAGGCUAUUAAUGUUUGUUAAUAUAAGUUAAGUUAUGUUUAAUUCUCUCAAGAAUACAGUUUUGUUUGUAUAACAUGCGGACAGUUAAGGCAUUUACGCCAGUUAAUAUUACAUUUCCAGUUACUUAAACAAUUCUCAUAGAAAAUUAAUGUGAGUUUUUAAUGUUCAACAAACAGUCAAAUGGCGUAUUAAGAAUAUUUUGAUAAAAUUUAAAAAAAUGUAUAAAUUAACUUCUAUUAAACAUUCAACAUCAAGUGUAAUUGAAGUCGGUCGGGGAAUUUGUAAACAAAGAUUAAAGAAUGUAUUAGAAAAAAAACUUUUUUGACUUAAAGUUAAUAAAAAGUAAGUAUUUAGAA